AUGGCUUCAGCGGAUAUCCCCCAACCCAUUCAACCCUCUUCUGCUUCCACGGACCCGUUUAUGGCAGUCGACUCGAACAAAAUGGCUUCAUCCGAUACUCCACAAUACACGCAGAAUUCCUCCAAGAGCUCCACAUUUAAAGUUGACUUCACAUGGAAGAAAUGGAAGGCCAUUGUAUCCGACGCCAAUAAUCCCGGAGCAGCCCCCUUAUACACUAUACAUUAUUCCCCAUUCAGCCUCACAGCCAACAUGGUUUUCAAAAAAGCCUCGAACAAUGAAGUAAUCGGCAGUGGAAAGCUAAAUGCGGUCUCUAUAAACGCCGACUACGAGCUACGAGGACAGAAGGCCCACCUUCUAGCCCAGAAACGCUGGCGGACAGUGUACACCCACCGCUCUCUCAAUUUCUCCGAUACCGAAUCUCCAGUCACAAUGACAUGGACCAGCGAUGCCGGGUUCAAGACCUGGGACUUUAUCUGUGUGGAUGAGCAGCAGAUGCCCGUGGCAAAGUUCACUGCCCAUUGCUGGGGUGUCACCAAAAUUGGCAAGAUCGAGUUCGUCGGGCCCAAGGCAGAUAACAGAGCUGCUCAAGAGGAGAUUAUGGUUACGGGAAUUACCUUGUUCUAUUGCAUGAUUCUUCGCUGUAAUAACAUUUUCAAUCUCUUUGGGGCUAUCAUUGCUCGGCCAGGGCACAAACAGCAUAUUGAGCCUCAGCCUAGAGCUAUGACCAACGAGUAG